AUGUGGCAUCGCGCAAUAGCGACAAUCCUUGUUUUAUUGCAUUUUCUGGGCGACUCGCUGGCAGGGUUUCCGAAUCAAAUCAACAUUGGUGGACUGUUCAUGCGCUCUACAGUGCAGGAGCACAGCGCCUUCAGGUUUGCUGUCCAGCUGUAUAACACCAACCAGAAUGUGACGGAGAAACCCUUCCACCUCAAUUACAAUGUUGACAACCUGGAGUCUUCCAACAGCUUCUCUGUCACACACGCCUUCUGCUCCCAGUUCUCACGAGGAGUAUACGCCAUCUUCGGCUUCUAUGACAGGAAGUCCAUGAACACGCUGACCUCCUUCUGUGGGGCGCUGCACACCUCCUUCAUUACGCCCAGCUUCCCCAUCGACGCUGACGUGCAGUUUGUCAUUCAGAUGAGGCCCAGUUUGCGAGGGGCUGUUCUCAGUCUGCUGGACCAUUACAAGUGGGAGAGGUUCGUCUACCUUUACGACACUGAUAGAGGUUUUGCAAUCCUCCAGGCCAUCAUGGAGUCGGCUGUGGCCAAUAACUGGCAGGUGACAGCUCGCUCGGUGGGAAACAUCGUGGACCCCGUGGAGUACAGACGCAUCAUCGAGGAGAUGGACCGCCGGCAGGAGAAACGCUUCCUCAUCGACUGUGAGGUGGACAGGAUCAACUCCAUACUGGAGCAGGUGGUGACCUCGGGAAAGAACAGCAGAGGAUACCACUAUAUCCUGGCCAACUUGGGUUUUUCCAACAUGAGCCUGGACAGGGUUUUUUCUGGUGGAGCCAACAUCACAGGCUUCCAGAUCAUCAACCCAGACAGCACCAUCGUCCAGCAGUUCCUCCAGCGCUGGGAGCGCCUGGAUGAAAGAGAAUUUCCAGAAGCCAAAAACACUCCACUGAAGUAUACAUCAGCACUGACCCACGAUGCCAUCCUCGUGAUUGCGGAGGCCUUCCGGUACCUUCGGCGGCAGCGAGUGGACGUGUCUCGCAGGGGAAGCGCAGGCGACUGCCUCGCCAACCCCGCCGUGCCCUGGAGCCAGGGCAUUGACAUAGAGCGAGCCCUCAAAAUGGUCCAAGUACAAGGUAUGACAGGAAACAUCCAGUUUGACACAUUUGGUCGGCGAUCUAAUUACACAAUCGAUGUGUAUGAGAUGAAAUCAGGAGGCCCCAGGAGGAUCGGCUACUGGAAUGAGUACGAAAAAUUUGUAUAUAUAAUGGAUCAACAGGUCACCAACGAGUCCUCUUCUGUGGAAAACCGAACAAUUGUGGUCACUACUAUUAUGGAAGCUCCGUAUGUGAUGUACAAGAAAAACUAUAUGCAGAUGGAGGGGAAUGACAGAUAUGAAGGCUACUGUGUCGAUUUAGCUUCUGAAAUUGCAAAACAUGUCGGGAUAAAAUAUAAGCUGUCAAUAGUGCCGGAUGGGAAGUACGGCGCCAGAGAUCCAGAGACCAAGACGUGGAACGGGAUGGUGGGUGAACUGGUUUAUGGGAGAGCUGAUAUAGCUGUGGCUCCUCUGACUAUAACGUUGGUACGGGAAGAAGUGAUAGACUUCUCUAAGCCCUUCAUGAGCUUGGGCAUCUCCAUUAUGAUUAAGAAGCCUCAAAAGUCCAAGCCUGGUGUGUUUUCCUUCCUGGACCCACUGGCCUAUGAGAUUUGGAUGUGUAUAGUUUUUGCCUAUAUCGGCGUGAGUGUGGUGCUCUUCCUGGUGAGCCGUUUCAGCCCAUAUGAGUGGCAUCUGGACGAGAACGAUGAGGCCAAAGACCCUCAGAGCCCCCCAGACCCUCCGAACGACUUUGGGAUUUUUAAUAGCCUGUGGUUCUCCCUGGGUGCCUUCAUGCAGCAAGGAUGCGAUAUCUCACCAAGGUCUCUGUCCGGGCGUAUUGUCGGAGGAGUGUGGUGGUUCUUCACCCUCAUCAUCAUCUCCUCCUACACGGCCAACCUGGCCGCCUUCCUCACCGUGGAGAGGAUGGUCUCUCCGAUCGAGAGCGCCGAGGACCUGGCCAAGCAGACGGAGAUAGCCUAUGGGACGUUAGACUCAGGCUCCACGAAGGAGUUCUUUAGGCGCUCCAAAAUAGCAGUUUAUGAGAAAAUGUGGUCAUACAUGAAAUCAGCAGAACCCUCAGUGUUUGCCAAGACCACACCAGACGGGGUUUCCCGGGUACGAAAGUCGAAGGGCAAGUUCGCCUUUCUUCUCGAAUCCACUAUGAACGAGUACAUAGAGCAGCGGAAGCCAUGCGACACCAUGAAAGUGGGCGGCAACCUCGACUCUAAGGGCUAUGGUGUGGCCACACCCAAAGGCUCUGCAUUAAGAAAUGCUGUUAACCUGGCAGUGUUAAAACUGAAUGAGCAAGGCCUCUUGGACAAAUUGAAAAACAAAUGGUGGUACGACAAGGGAGAGUGCGGCAGCGGGGGAGGUGACUCUAAGGACAAGACAAGCGCUCUAAGCCUGAGCAACGUGGCAGGAGUCUUCUAUAUUCUGGUCGGAGGGCUUGGCCUGGCUAUGACCGUGGCUUUGAUAGAGUUCUGCUAUAAGUCACGGCAAGAAACCAAAAGACUGAAGCUGGCAAAGAACGCCCAGAACUUUAAGCCAGCCCCUCCGGCAAACACCCAGAAUUUUGCCACGUACCGUGAAGGCUACAACGUGUAUGGGACAGAGAGUGUUAAAAUCUAGAGGUGAUGAAAUGUGUCAAUUCCCACUGGUGCGUCUGGAUGGAAACAGCCACUCUGUGUGACCCCGACACCCCGAGGCUGGCAUCCUGGAGGCAACAGCCUUCUUUCU